AUGCGGGGAGAGGGGUUCGCUCUUGCAGCCCGCGGUCCUGAUAGUAGAUUCAGGGAAUUACUAAGCGGUUCCGGGAGGCCGGGGUUUACUUCCGUUACUCAGCCACUUGCUCAACAGAUGCAAAGAAAGGUGGAUUUAUUUGAUUGGCGCGGCCGGCGACAACCUUAUUCUAAACUUCUAACCACCCAAACAAAAGGAGCUGGCAAUACAAGUGAUCUCGGUAGCAAGUCUGAGCACAAUCCCGGAGUGGUCCACUCACUGGCUGCUUCAAAGGCAUCAGGAAGUAACCCGGCAAUAGGAGGCUUAGGUGUCCACCUUACUACAGAUCAGCAUUACCAAGAAAAGCUACAUACUGAACUUCCGCUCAACACCUUUCUACUAUCUACUAUUGAUCACGAUCUGCCGAGCACGCUUCCCUUCAACGACUUAGAUAAAAUGCAGCUCCCGCAGCUUUCGUCCUGUCCGCAUAAUGAUUAUCUUAAUUCACUAACACGCACACAAGACACCACCAAGUAUGACUUCUGCAAUCCAGAGCUUUACGAUGACCCGUUUGGAGACCCUAUUCCAUCCAGCGACGCACAUCAGAUAACUCGUGUGACUCCAGCCAAGUACACAGAUAAUAUCCCCCGGAUACAGCGGAGCCUAUCGAUCAAGCAAGAUUCUGCGGGGAAUCUCCCAGGACUACACGACCCAAUGGCCAGAAGCAUGGAUUUCAACAGUUUGGCAGGCAAGACACGGCACAGACUGGGGAUCGGUGCAACGCCUAUGAGCAUUCCAUCGUCGAUUUCGCUGGUCAACUUGUUAAACACUAAGGGAGAAGCCGCAGCAAAGCAUGUCUCAUCUAAGCUAUUAAAUAAAGAGCAGAAGCACGCUGGAACUACUCCUCGUUCUACUGCUUUUAAAAACUCGUUGGCUCAAAGUCAACUCAGUAUAGAUUCUGAUAGUAGGGACUCAGAAGUCUAUCCCAUCUGUGAAACGUCUAAUCUUGUAUGUCUUAAGGGUAUAGACUCAGAUCUUUCUUCUAUCCAAGAGAAGGGAAGUCCACAGCCGCUAUCACACACUGUCACUGCUCUUACGUCAGCAGAAAAAUUGCUGUCCCCUGGUACUCCUCAUGCUUUGCACAGUGCAUCAGAUAAAAGGUCGUCUAAAGCUGCACUAGCAUCCAGUGAUGCCCUGUCCACAGCACCACCAGCAGUAGUUUCGUCGGGUGAGGUCUCUCCUAUCAACAAUUCCAAUGCUAAAAGGCUUCCAAUAGCCUUAGAAUCUUCAUACCCAGCAAACAGCGUGCCCAACCCAACAAAGCACACGUUCAAAUCUUUAAAUCCUGUGCAAACAUCUCAGUAUUCUUAUCUCCAUGGAAGAUCUAUCACCUUUAAGAACACAUACACAGCAGUUCUCUCAGUCGGGCCUCUUGAAGACAGUCGCAUGGUGAUGUUUCGAACAAAGAGGUCGCAACAGAGUCCGGUGAUACGGGGGUGUGAUACAAAGGACGAUCCAUUACUGCACCACGCCCAUGCCAACGCCCAUGUUCAUGGCGAUCCCGAUCCCGACUUAGAGACACAUCCGUUGGAGCCCCACAACUAUCCGCGGAAGGCUCCUAAAACAACGCAUGAACUGCUUGCCGGCCGUGGGACACUUUCUGUCAUUACCAAAGAAGAUGGCACUGUGCCAUUUGGACAGGAUAUACGUUCUUCAGAAAAGUUGAGAUCUGUAAGUUCAAAGGUAUCUUCAGAUACUCUACCGAUCAUAGUUCCACUGGACAAGGGCGCUUCUACCCGUAGCGCCAGCGGUGUGUCUUCUGGUACUGAUAAAGGGUUAGCUGGUAAGAAUCCUCACUUAUUAAAAAGGGUUUUGACAGGACCGCAGAAGAAGGUUGUAGCACCUACGGUAGUGCCAAAAGACACUGCCUCGAAACACCGUGAUCCAUCACAGCAAAUACUAGUCGCCGUGCAUGCCGCAGAUGUUAUUCACUCACCCCCAACACUACAGCCAACCUAG